GCGCGCGCGCAGGCUCUAUCUUUAACGGCUCCUCGGUAGUUGUGUGUGCGCGCGCUACGCAGGGCGUGAAACAAGCGGCUGGACGCGCGCGCUGCGGGGUAACAGAGUGCCGGAGCGGAGCCGCGCGCGCUGGGCAGGGCAGGGCUGAGAGCCGCUGGGGUUCCGCAGCAGUGUGUGUGUGUGUGUGUGUGUAUGCGCGGGUGUGUGUGUGUGUGUGCGCAGAUGCAUGAAGUUCAUAGAAGAAGGAAGUAUCAUGAGCCUGACUUUCAUACCUGAGCAGCUGGAUGUUUAAUUAAAGGUGGAAGGAAGUGAGUUUAGCGUGAAGAGAAGUUUUGAUCCCGUAGCCCCGUGUGGUCGCGAACUAACGGUGCCGCCGCUUGUGCAGCAGUGAGCGGCUAUGUGCAUGAAGCCCUGGGCAGAAAAUGAGGAUCGGACGUGAGUUGCACGCGCAUCCUGGAGCAGACGAGAUGAAAUGGAGAACUCUGACAGUAGGGACUUGUUAAAAAAAAGCUUGUCGUCUCACGGCGCUUGUGCCGAACGGAAGGAAGCGGCCCGCUGUGGCUCUGCAGCAGCCAUCAUGGGCCUGACCACCUACUGCAGCCCGUCCACAGCCACCGAGCUCCUGGGGGGUCUACCGCCCAAACCUGGAGUCUCAGCUCUGCAGCAAGAGCCCAAAACCAAUGGUGAGGUGCUAUCAUCAUCGCCAUCCUCCUCCUCCUCCUCACCAUCAUCAUCGCUGGCAGUUCGAGGUGGGAAUUACAACGGAUUUCCUUUACAAGCAGGUUUCUCCAGGCACAAGGAUGAACCAAGUGACAUCCCCAAUGGCCCAACCGUCUGCACUCUGCGGCCAACUGACAAUGGCCCCCUCCUCCUCAAGCGAUCAAACGGAGAUCUGAAAUGCAGAAGUCAGCAAUUCAGAAAUGAUGAGAUUGUCUCUGGGGAUUUAGUUGAAGUCCAAGUGGAUUUGGGGUCGCCGAAGCACCUUGAAGACCUCGGUCCUUCUCCUGAUUGCAAAAGGAGACGGCUAGAAAAUGACUCCAAAACAGAAACCGUGAAAAGCACACAAUACGCAAGGCCUUUUGCAGGCAACAGCCAGCAUCUGAAUCACUGUAGCAGCUCGCAUGUUGUGUCCUCUCCUGGACGAGGCCACCAAAAUGGACGUAGUGUCAUGACCCAGAACUCAGUACCAGGCAGCAUGAUGUCAGAAGGGGUGCCCUCUGUCCCACCAGCAGGGGGAGUUGUGGCCAGCUGGUCCAUGGAGAGUAUUGCCCAACUUUAUAUAGUGCCUUGUAUGAAAUACUAUGGCAUCUGUGUUAAGGAUAACUUCCUGGGCCCACAACUUGGUGACCGGGUGCUGCAGGAAGUGGAGAUACUGAAUCGCAGUGGGAAGUUUUGUGGAGGACAGUUGGUGAGCCAGAGGAGCAUCCCGUCUAAGAACAUCCGAGGAGAUCAGAUAGCCUGGGUGGAGGGUGGAGAACCUGGCUGUGAGGCCAUUGGCAUGCUUAUGGCUCAUGUUGAUGAAGCCAUCAUGCACAGUUCAGCAAAUGGACAGCUUGGGGAAUAUGUUAUUAAUGGCCGUACUAAGGCUAUGGUGGCAUGUUACCCUGGCAACGGCACGAAAUACGUGCGUCACGUGGAUAAUCCAAACGGAGAUGGACGCUGCAUUACCUGCAUCUACUAUCUGAAUAAGAAUUGGGAUGUGAAGGUUCAUGGUGGAUUACUGCAGAUCUACCCCGAGGGCCGAAACGUUGUCGCGAACAUCGAGCCGUUCUUUGACCGUCUGCUCAUUUUCUGGUCAGACAGACGAAACCCUCACGAAGUGAAGCCGGCCUACUCUACUCGAUACGCCAUCACAGUUUGGUACUUCGACGCGAAAGAGCGAGCCAAAGCCAAGGAAAAGUACAGACUAGCUAUGGGACAGAAGGGGAUUGAAGUGCCGGUCAGUCGAGAAGAAAAUAAAUAAGUCCUCAUCAGCUCAGGCAUCCCAGUGUGUCUUUCCAUGCAUGUGCCUCCCCAUGCUGCUAUCUGAGCAACUGUUUUCAUGGGAAGAUGCAAGGAGCAGGACAAGCAGGAAAGCCAAUACCGGGAAAAAAAAAAAAAAACUCCCUCCUCCUGUUGGCCUGAGACUGAACAAGUGUGGAUGGAAACGUUGGAUGAGGAAAGGUUCAGGCUGAUUACACGCCGAAGACGUCUACUGAAUGGAGGCGCAGUGACUCUUUCAGUCAGAAUCAGCUUGGCACCUACUGAAAAGCUCAAACUUGAGAAUAUUACACGAAUAAAAUUGCCAAAAUGUAUUACAAAAUGAUCACUACUGUACUUUUGCCCUUAUCUGUUGUGGUUUUUUUUUUUUGGAAUAGUAAUAAAUCAGAUUCUCUUUGCCCCUUA